AUGGACGGCCACGCUGGUUACAACCAAAUCUUCAUAGCCAAGGAAGAUGUCCACAAGACGACGUUCAGAUGUCCAGGCGCAAUCAGGACUUAUGAAUGGGUGGUCAUGCCAUUCGGCCUGAAGAACGCUGGCGCGACGUACCAACGAGCUAUGAACCUUAUUUUCCACGACCUAAUUGGCCGAACCAUUGAAGUCUACAUUGACGACGUUGUUGUAAAGUCCCCAUCUAAAGCCGACCACGUGGGGCAUCUCCGACAGGCUUUCAAUUGA